AUGAAUAACGAGGUACUGGUCCCAAUCUAUGUCGGAUUUGAAAUUGAGCCAGCAGAUGACUACCAAGUUUGGAUAGAAUAUAAAAUGUCUCUUCUAAAAUGGAUUGGAAUGGGUCCCUCCGGAAAGACGGCGACCAGUGAAGCAUGGAGUAGUGGAACCGAGAAAUAUUUCGGUUUAGAAAAUAUUCUCACUCUUGCUCCUUCCCUCCCUUCUUUCUGCCUAAAUAUCCUUUCAGUUCGGAAACACAUGGCUCUCUAUUUCUGUAAACCCUUUCGGGAGUGUGUUAUCAAUUUUCCAACAGGACCAGUGAGCUUAUCCGUACCGCCAUCACAACUCAAUACGCAAUCGUCAACCAUCACUAUCGUAAAUGGGAUUGCAUCUAAAAAGGAGGCAAACGGAGGUGGAGAUAAUAAAAUCAAUGGAGACCAACAUUCUACAACGGCACAGGGAAUCGAGGACACCUUAUUUGGUGCUUUGAAGGACCUGUUCUGUAAAAUAAAUAGUCAAAAGAAACGGACUGGCGUUUUGGCGCCAAAUCAUUUCAUCACAAAAUUAAAAAAAGAAAAUGAGCUCUUUCGGUCAACAAUGCACCAAGAUGCGCAUGAAUUUUUGAAUUUUGUUCUCAACGCCAUAGCCGAAAAUGUUAUGGAACAACAAAAGAGAAUUGAAGAAGCUGAAAGGCAACAGCGAGAACAAGAACAACAAUCCGAUAUUAACGAGAAAUCCAGAUCAGGUAACGAAGAGAACGGUAAUACAGCUGAUGGGAAUUCGUCCAAGGGCUCUGAGGCAACUUCUAGCAUGACUUCGUCGAGUACAACAUGGGUUCACCAAAUUUUCGAGGGUACCUUAACGAAUGAGACCAAAUGCCUAACUUGCGAAACUGUCACAAGUAGAGAUGAAUCCUUUCUUGACCUUUCCAUUGAUAUUGAACAAAAUUCUUCUGUCACGUCUUGCCUGAGGCAAUUCUCUGCAAGCGAGAUCUUGUGUCACAAAAAUAAGUUUUUUUGCGAUGUAUGUUGUGGUUUACAGGAGGCCGAAAAAAGAAUGAAAAUCAAGAAAUUGCCUAAUGUGCUAGCUCUUCAUCUGAAGCGUUUCAAAUAUCAAGAAAAGUUACAGAGAUACAUCAAGUUAUCGUAUAGAGUUGUUUUUCCAUUUGAACUGAGAUUAUUUAAUACGUGCGACAAUAUCGAAGACCCUGACCGUCUAUACGAGCUCUAUGCUAUUUGCGUACACAUUGGAAGCGGUCCAUAUCAUGGCCAUUACGUGACACUAAUAAAGAGUAUGGGACAGUGGCUUUUGUUUGACGAUGAUAAUGUUGAACCCAUAGAUGAAGCCGAUAUACAAAAAUAUUUUGGUGACUUACCUGGGGCUGGAUCGGGAUAUGUGCUAUUUUAUCAAGCAUGUGAUCUAGAUUUGAAUUCCCUUGGUUUGUUGAAUGCUGUAUGGGCAAACAGUCAUGUCUCGGGAUCAAGUUCUUCAUCAGCGGAAUUCGAUGGGUCGGCUGAAACUAACGAUCCACUUGCAACGGAUGCUGUGGUCCCAAUAAAUGGCACGGACAAUAAUCCUCAGCUGGUUACAGGCACCGAAGAAUCGCGGAGUGAUCGUAAACAAUGGCUACUUAGUGGAAGGAAAAAGGAUCAUAACACUCCGGAUAGACGAAAGUCUCAUGCUGAUGCCGAUAAUUAUAGAGAAAAUGAAGAUGGGCAAAAUCAUUCACACGAAAAGGAACGAUCAUGGUUUGGUGUUUCACGUUCAAAUUCGAAUAUUGGCAGCACGAAUCAUAAGAAAGAUAAGAAAGCGGAGAAGGAAGGAAAGAAAAAGGAGAAGAAAUUAAAAUCAGAGAAGAAGUUAGAUAAAUUAUCAUCAGCUGGUACCAAUGAAACUAUUUGA